AUGGCCUUCAAUCCAACCGUCGACCAGAUCGAGUGGCAUAUGCAUCAGUUGAGGCAAUGGAUGGUGCCCACGUCGGUGCCAGCGCCGUCCAAGCCUGCAACGACGGCACAACAGCGCACAUUUCCCCAGGAGUUCUAUCUGCAGAAUGUGCCUUCGAACGACAUGUACGACUAUGACUCCUUCAGAGCCCCUGGCUCUGCGCCGCCGACCACCCUUGUUCGUGCGCAAACGUUUUCCAACUUGUCUGAGUAUGAUUUCUCUCCCCUGGACUACUUCACUCCGGGUCAGGGCCCGGCGACGCCAAUGAGCUGGGCAGGAGAAGAGCGAGGCAAUUUUGAUGAUGGCCUCUCCAGCUACUCAGAGGCAGCCUCGAGCUAUUUGUCCUCAGAUCUCUCAGAGCAGAACCGGCUUGAAUCCGUCAUCUCAUCGAGCCGCACCACUCCUCCCACCGUUCCACAACCUGUCUCGGCCUCAGAUCAGACCUCCGAGGUCGAUUCGCUCAUGAAGACCUUGCAACCUCCUCAGCUGCCUGUGCCAGCGAACAAAUCCGGUGGCAAGCCCAAGAAGCACCUGUGCCCUUACCCCGACUGUCUCAAGUCUUUCUCUCAGCCAACCCACCUCAAAAUUCAUCUUCGUUCCCACACAGGAGAGAAGCCAUACACCUGCUCUGUGCCGUCGUGCAGACAAACGUUUUCGCAGUUGGGUAACCUUCGGACUCACGAACGACGGCACGUUGGCCAACGACCGAACCGAAAGAGAUCGUCGUCCGAUCCAGGAGCCCGAGCUCGGAAGUACGAAUGUAAACUCGACGGCUGCAAAGGUUCGGACGGCAGCCAUGGAGGCAAAGUCUUCACACAACUUGGAAACCUCAAAGCCCACAUGAACAAAUUUCACAAAGAGACCCUGGCAAAACUAUCGGAACAGUUUGCACACAACGAGGAGCAACCUGAACAGGCUGAGCUUCGUGCUUACUUCCAAGACCUCUACAAGCAUAGCAACAAGGGUAUAAAGGGGAGGGGCAAAGGUCGGAAAGUUGAGGUGAUUGUUACGCCUGAAGAGCCUUGA